GUCGCUGUCACACAAUGAUAAGUACAGCGACAACGACGAUAUGAUACUGAUAAGUAUACCAUUGGCUUGAUCGAUACCCAUCUUCAUGGUACUGGUAUGUCAGAUCCACGGGAUCGAGUACCUCCUCCCCCUCGCAUCGUCAAGAGCGCUCGGAAACUCGCUGAUGCAAGGCUUGAUAAUCCUACAAGACCAAGCACUACUGUUGCUACAAAGACUGUCACCGAUAGCUCAAGGCCAGACAGUCGCAUCGCACCACGGGCCCCCAUCCCCAGACCCGCAACUGAUCCAAGACUCGAUGAUCCUACAAGGCUUGUUGCUGCAAAAACUGCCACCAGAGUCAACGACGCUAGGCCAGACAAUCGUCUCGGAGCAAAAGUUCCCACUUUAAAAUCUGCAAUCGCUGACGCAAGGGGAGCCGAUGCUCGUCCUAGAGACCAAGAUUCGAACGCGAGACCAGUCAGUAGAAAUCCAUCACGACCUGAUGCUGCUCGAAAUGUAGCUAUCCAUGAACCCCUGCGGCAAACUGAUGUUGCUGCCAGGGGUCCAAAGAAAGUUACUUUCAAUAUCGGAGACUUUCCACUGCCCGUGGAACGGCGUCUUGUCGCCCGUAAUAGGGUCGGACAGAACUCUGGACGAGGCCUUGGUUCAUCUGGUGCCCAAGAGAGAAGAGAAGAGCUUCCCUCUCAAUCAGCUUCGUUCUUUCCCGAGAGAUCUUCCCAACCUGGUGCUACAAGGAAGUCGUCGGCAAAUGUCCCACGCAGGGGUCUUGGUAGACAGUCAACCAACAAUGCAUUUAACCAGAACCAUGCCACUAAAUCGCAACCAAUGAGCCUCCACAUACAUACGGAGUCAGUUUCUGGAAAAUUCGCGCGAAAGUUUGAAGGUGUAGGCGGCAGGACUCCCUCACGCGUGCCUCGUAUGUCCAGCGCAAACAAGGGUAUCAGCCAGGACCAUCUUGUUGACAGCUCAAGUGAACAUAGCAGCGGGAGUGCAAACUAUGUCGAUGUCGGUUUGAAGUUGUCCAAAUUGAGCAGGGGUGAAUCCUCAGGCAACUCUGUCGAGAUUGUCAAAGAGACCGGUGUCCAGGUGAAAGCAGCUAGAAAAUUACAAAUUGGACGCAAAUCGACGCAAGCCCCACCCGAGAUACGACGUUCCGUCACUCCCAUAGAUUCCCAGAGCAGCGAGUCAUCUGACAAUGACGAAUCUGCGAUACCCGCCCCUGCGCGAGAAGAUAGCGAGGAACUCGAAUAUGUGCACAUUGUUAUCGACUCUCCCAACAUCACUCGCGAGCAAACAGAACCAUCCUCAGAAUCGGACGUUGCAGAAAGGGAUGAAGCACCCGCGGAAAUACCCUCAGAUACUCUCAUAGAGGCUUUGGAAAACAUUUCACUCACGACCAUCCGGCUCGCAAAAUUACACCGCCUUCCUUUCAAGCUACGAAACCUCCGCAAAGGAUUUCUCAUCCGAUGCAAGUCCCUUGGAAUUGAUCCAUCUCGUAGUAUUCCACCUUCUAAACCCGUUACGGUCAUAUACAACUGCGUAGCGCAAAUCGCCGAGGAUAGAUAUCCAGAGCGACAGGUGACUCGGACGACAAUGACACAUUGGAAAUGUCCACUUUGCGAACUUCACGGGGUAUUUCCUACGCAGCAAAUUCUCUCCGCUCAUCUCCGGUGGGACCAUGUAGGAGUACGUUUCUGGUGGGAUAUGGAUGACUAUACUCUGUGGGUACAACUUCCACUGACAAGACACGUUGCAUUACCAGUUGCAUUGCCUGCCAGUAGGCAUGUUCCACUAAUACCCUAUCCACGUGCGAUGACUACCUCUUCGACAAGGACUGCUUCGACAGAAAUCACCGACUUCUCAUCCAAUUUUCACAAUGACGAAUACACUCCAGAAACCACACAGCCUCCAUCACGAAAUACCUCUGUGGCAUCUCAACCUUUUCCUGACGCAAAUAAACUUGACAUCAAACCAACCCCGAUAUUUCGUACGGGUUCAUUGGCAUUGUCGACUACGCGCAGUAGUUCUGUGACGUCUCGCACGCUGUCUCGCGCAUCUUCCACUCAUGCCUCUGGAAGGCCAACACCUCCUCCCCGAUCUGAUCCCCUAGGGCCUGCAGCGCAGUAUCCUUACCUACUGGAGUCUGAUGGCGUCUAUUCAUGCCGCGUGGGUGGUCCCCGGCUAUACGAUCUUCUAAACACACUGCCACUAGAUAAGUUCGGUGUCCUCGCAUGGGUCAUCCUUGAAAGAGAAGAAGAAAUCUUCGAGCCAGACAACGUGAGAGAUGAAGACAAAGUCAUGCAGGCGCUUUGGUUCCGCUGGAUAUUUCUCAAUCGGAACAAAUUCGUCGCGAAUUUUUUCGAAGGAACGAAGACAUUCAUCGACGAUAAUUGGCAGAUGAUAGCUCGAGCUGCUGGAGCUGCUGCUUUAAGGACAUGGCUUCUCGUUCUCAGCAUUAAUAAUUUUUUGAUGACUUCGGGUGCCGUGGAACUCUUGCGUCACUAUCGAAAGUUGACAGGUAAGAAACAUUGGUAUGAUGAUACCAACGCAACCCAGAAUGAGGUUGCACCUGUAUAAUAUCUGGAUACAUGGUAUAUACCUUGGAUCUGAUCAGACUCCUUCAAGUCAAUCGAUUAAUGCUGAUGCGGUGGUCUCAAAGAAGCUUCGGGAACAAUAACGGUCGCUCAGAACCUUUCAGAACCCAGAUAACUUGGCAGAGGGUUCACGAUGAAUGAUGAACGAUGCCAAUUGGUUGCUACAUAUGUAACUCGGGUACUACAUAUAUGUAGUAAUAACCUCAUCAACUCAUUUAUAAAAGC